AUGAUCUUCGCUCCUGCCUUCCUAGAUUCAUCAAGUUGCUGGAACAUGAACCACGACCAGCUGCAGCUGCAGCAAAUCGGCGGUAACACUCAUAUCACUACUGCUCCUUCAACUGCUGGUCCUGGUGAUGGAGGAGGCAACAACAACAAUCUGGAAGGAUUAAUGGCCGGAGGAGGUGGUGGUGAUGGUGGCGGCGGCGGCAGGAAUAGUAAGCUGAUGUCGAUGUCUGAGCGGGCGCGGCUGGCGGGGGUGCCGCAGCCAGAGUCGGGGCUCAACUGCCCGCGCUGCGACUCCACCAACACCAAGUUCUGCUACUUCAACAACUACUCGCUCACCCAGCCCCGCCACUUCUGCCGUGCAUGCCGCCGCUACUGGACCCGCGGCGGCGCGCUCCACAAUGUCCCCGUCGGCGGUGGCUACAAUUUCUAUUCCACAACCAGUAAUGCACCUGGUAAUUAG